AUGGCCACCUCUCCUCCACCCACCUCGACCGGCUCCUCCAAGCUCGACGCCGCAAAGGCCGCGAUUGGAGCCAAAGUCGACCCAGCCGCGCCCACCGGCGUUGGACUGUAUGCGCGAUUCGCUUUCGCUGGUGCCGUCUGCUGCUCCGUCACCCACGGUGCCCUCACACCCGUCGAUGUCGUCAAGACCAGGAUACAGCUUGACCCCGCUACCUACAACACUGGCCUGAUCGGUGGCUUCAGGAAGGUCAUUGCCAACGAGGGUGCUGGUGCCGUCUGGACUGGUUUUGGUCCCACCGCUGCCGGUUACUUCCUCCAAGGUGCCUUCAAGUUUGGUGGUUAUGAGUUCUUCAAGCAGCAGGCCAUCAACAUGGUCGGCUACGAGACCGCCUCCAACAACCGCACCGCCGUCUACCUCGCUUCCGCCGCCGUUGCCGAGUUCUUCGCCGACGUCGCCCUUUGCCCUCUUGAGGCUACCCGUAUCCGUCUCGUCGGUGACCCAACCUUUGCCAACGGUCUCGUUGGUGGUUUCAGCAAGAUCCUGAAGAACGAGGGUGUCGGUGCCUUCUACUCUGGUUUCGGACCCAUCCUGUUCAAGCAGGUUCCUUACACCAUGGCCAAGUUCGUCGUCUUCGAGAAGGUCAACGAGGCCAUCUACACCGUUGUCGACAAGAGCAAGACCUCGUCUGGCAUGCAGACCGUCUACAACCUGAGCUCCGGUCUGAUGGCUGGUUUCGCCGCUGCCAUCAUCUCCCAGCCUGCCGACACUAUGCUCUCCAGGAUCAACAAGACCAAGGGCCUGCCCGGAGAGGGAACCACCAGCCGUCUGAUCAAGAUCGCCAAGGAGCUUGGUGUCCGUGGUUCUUUCGGUGGUAUUGGUGCUCGUCUCUUCAUGGUCGGUACUUUGACUGCUGGACAGUUCGCCAUCUAUGGGGACAUUAAGAAAAUACUGGGGGCCCAAGGCGGGGUAGAAAUUGCAAAGACGAACUGA